UUGGAAUAAGAUGGUCUUUAAGGUACCUUCCAACCCAAACAGCUAUUCUGCAAUUCCAUAAUUAUCCUAUAAUUCUAUCUACUUCACCUAUCUCUAGCCAAGACAGCACUAAAUAAAAUGAAUGUAUUUUUAAAUGCUUUAGAGGUGAACACCAGUGGGGUUUUUUUAGAGGUCUCACUUCUGGGUGCUGCUGAGCAAAUAUUCACCCAUAGCAUAUGGAAGGUGGCACUGGAAACAGUGUCAAGCUCUUCUACACUUUGCCAAGAAUUCUUACAAGAAUUUCAUACUUAAGCUCAAAAGUUGCUUCUGUGCUUUACUGUGUCAGUAAAAAUACCUGGUGAGCAAGGAAAACUCACCAGAAACCUUUGUGCAUUUUUUGAAGUGAUUUCCUGAAUUACUUCUUGUUUUAAAGUUGUAAGUUAGGUGUCUAAGGGAUAACAUCAGUGAUAUUUUUGCUUUGUGCUGUCAACAUGUAAGUUAGUAGGAAAUAAGAUUGUAGAUGAGAAAUCCUGGAUUAGGACAGAAAGCAAAAUUUGUAUCCAUUUAUAUGAAUUUAUAUAAAUGUUCUAUGUAAGAGACAUCUUUACUCUGACGUCUGUCUCCAGGGUCUACACUAAUAACUACCCAAAGAACAAUUUUAGCUCUUUGCCCACUGAUGAUUUCUGACAAAACUCCUUUUGCCUCUGGGAUCUCAUUACCCCUGAUAGUCUUGUGCUUCUGUUGUGUGAUUUACUUGAACUAUUUCUGCUACAGAAAUAAUUGUACUUGUAGAUGCUCCUGAAGGUUUUUUGUUUUGUUUUGGUUUGGUUUUUUUUUGCAGAAAGGAAAUACAUACAGAAGGUUGGGCUGUUCUUUUCAGAGCUCAGAGUUGGCAGAGAUACAGAGAUGCUUAUAACUUCUGAGCAGUACCUUGCAGAGAGUUUCUGAUGGAACUGAGAGGUUCUGAUGGAACCCCCUGAAGUGGUUUGGGGAGGUCGUCAGAGGAGCGACAGCAAGUGAGCUCUCUGGAAGUGUUCUGGGAUUGUUCCUUUGUUUUGCUCAGGCCCCACUGAAAUCCUGCCUUUGCAAAGCAACAUUGCUGAAUAGAAGCACACCAACUACAAUGCAGGAAAAUUGUGGUCAGAGUGAGCUCAGGGCAGAAGGUCAGUGUGGAGGGACCAGAGACCUGAAUAGGGACAGAAGGGGGGGUGACUGCAAACUCUGCUUUCUGUCAUUUAUGACAUGACAUUUUGCUUUCUGCAGCAGUAAAUGCAUCCUGCUCACAUCAUCGAUGAGCCUUGGAGCUACAGCACAUUCCCUCCCCUUCCUGACCUGUGCCAUGGGAGUCUGAGCUGCAGCAAUGACACAGGACAACUUCUCCCAGGUGACUGAAUUCAUCCUCCUGGGGCUCUCUGACACGCAGGAGCUGCAAUUCCUCUUCUUCACCCUCUUCCUCCUAGCCUACGCCAUGGUCCUGCUGGGCAAUCUCCUCAUCAUCGUGACAGUCAGGGCUGACCCCAAGCUCUCCUCGCCCAUGUACUUCCUCCUCUGCAAUCUGUCCUUCAUUGAUAUCUGCUACACCUCUGUCACUGCUCCCAGGGUGCUGGUGGCCCUGCUCUCAGGACACAAAGCCAUUGCCUUUGAGGGCUGCAUAGCCCAGCUGUUUUUCCUGCACUUUGUGGGUUCCUCGGAGAUGUUCCUCCUGACGGUGAUGGCGUUUGACCGCUACACGGCCAUCUGCAGGCCCCUGCACUACACGGCCAUCAUGGCCCGCAGGGCCUGCUGGGCCCUGGUUGCUGCCUGCUGGGUUGGGGGCUUUAUCCAUUCCAUUGUCCAGACCGUGCUCACACUCCAGCUGCCCUUCUGUGGCCCCAACACGAUCCACAGCUAUUUCUGUGACGUGCUACCCGUCGUCCGCCUGGCCUGCACUGACACCACCCUCACCGAGUGGCUCAUGGCCUCCAACAGCGGCCUCAUAUCCCUGGGCUGCUUCCUGGUGCUGGUGGCCUCCUACGUGCUCAUCCUGGCCAAGGUUCGGGCCUGCCUCUCCCAGGGGCACUGGAAGGCCCUGUCCACCUGUGCCUCACACGUCAUGGUCGUCACCCUGCUCUUCAUGCCCUGCAUCUUCACCUACCUGCGGCCCGCUGGGACCUUGCCCACCAACAAGUACAUCUGUGUCAUCUACACAACCUUCUCACCCAUGAUGAACCCCCUCAUCUACACCCUGAGGAGCAGUGAGGUGAAGGAAUCCAUGUGGAGACUGUGGAAGCGCUGCAGAGCCUCCUGAGACAAGCUCAGUUGGCAGAACCCUGGAGUUACACCCAGAGUUAACACCUGGAGUCACAUUCCUACUCAACUCCUACACAAUAAUGACUUAGUGGCUAAAGCCUGCAGACUUCAAAUUAUGUACAAAUACAUUUAUAUACCGAUAUAACUAUUAAUAUUAAAAAUCCAUGCUGAAAACCCCAAACUUCUGAAACACUUUCACUUGUGUGGGAUCAUAGCUUUCAAAUAAAUAUAUAAAUGAGUCCAGGGUGAGGCUUGUCUCCCUCUCUGACAUGUUUUUCCUGUGCUGUGACAGCAGACAGCAGAGGUACAUGCAUUAGAUGUCCCCAAAUUCACCCACCAACCCUGGAAGAUAAAGACAGCACAGAUUCUGCUGGUAGGGUUUUCUU